AUGGGGUCCAUCUCAGAAGCACCAGCCAAGAAGCGGGUGGAUUCGAUGUUUUCGACCCUCUCUGAAGUGCCGCCUGACGAGCCAUUUGCCGUGAAUGGUGCAUACAAGCGAGACAGCAACCCGCAAAAGGUCAAUCUCGGCAUUGGCGUGUACCGAACUUCCGACGGCAAUCCAUGGCCCCUCCGAGUAGUUGAAGAGGCCGAAAAGGAACUUUUCGAGGCCAGCGAUGUCAACAGACACGAAUACCUGGCGAUUCAAGGCGACGCAGACUUUCUUUCACUAGCGGCCGAUCUAGUUUUCGGAUUUGGUGACUAUGAAGGAAGCUCGAGGCAGGUUGCCGAAAAUAUGCGACAGCGGGUCGUAUCUAUACAAACCGUGUCAGGGACGGGAGCGAAUCGACUCGGCGCGGAACUUCUGGCUCGGAAUAUUCGACCGGGAUGUGUGUGGAUUCCGAACCCUACAUGGGCCAACCACUACACAAUCUGGGACCUCGCAGCUGUUCCGAAGAAAGAAUAUCCCUACUACGACUCCACAUCCAAGGCUUUCGACUUCAACGGAACAUUCCGCACGCUGUCAACUUAUGCGAAGGCCAAUGACGUGGUGAUUUUGCAUGCAUGCGCCCACAAUCCUACCGGAGCUGAUCCGUCACAAGAACAAUGGAAAAUGCUGGCUCAAUUGUGUAAAGAAAAAGGAAUCAUUCCCUUCUUCGACCUUGCCUACCAAGGCUUCGCCUCCGGUGACGCGAAGAAAGACGCUUGGGCCAUUCGGCAUAUUUUUCAUGAUCUGAAUCAGGUGGAGUUUUGCGUCGCGCAGUCUUUUUCAAAGAAUUUCGGAUUAUACGGCCAGCGAGUGGGUGCUUUACACAUGGCACUCUCUGCAAACGCGCCGACAAACGUUUCAUCAAAUCUGCUGGCUAAUUUAUGUCACCUGGUCCGUGGGGAGUAUUCUAUGGCGCCAAGAGGUGGUGCGGAGAUAGUUAAAACUGUGCUCGGAAGCAAAGAUUUGCGGAAGAAGUGGCUGGAAGACCUUACAACGAUGAGUGAGAGAAUCCUGCAGAUGAGGCAUGCCCUUUUCGACGAGUUGGUCAAAUUGGGUACACCCGGUGACUGGAAUCAUAUUACCAAUCAAAUCGGCAUGUUUACCUACAUCGGCUUGACUGAGAGCCAAGUCAGUGCCAUCACAGAGAGGCAUCAUAUUUACAUGCUCAGCUCUGGCCGAAUAUCUAUUUCGGGGUUGAACGAAACCAACGUUCAGUAUGUUGCCAAGGCAAUAGAUGAUGUUGUUCGCACAGUGAAUUAA